AUGAGAAUUACAGGCAGGGCAGAAGAACAAAUGCAUGAUUUUCAUAGCUUUGGAGGAGCUUUUGGAAAUGCUUUGGGUAUCAAUUUGAUGGAUAUCUCCGAGUUGAUGCGCAACAACGAUUCCAUUCUCAACACAGAUCCCGUUCGUAACACCGACUUCAUUCGAGAAAACGAUUUCGUUAUGUCUUCAUCGGACCACAACAAUAUCUCCGAAGAUGAGGAAGCAUCGGAGUCCGAGUAUAGUGACGAGGAAGAUUUGGACAUGGAAGAGCCUUUGAGGGUUGCCGAAGAUGUAGCGCCAUUGCUUCUUCGCUCACCUUCAUCACCGCCAUCAUACUCACCACCCCCAACACCAUCUUGA